AUGACCACAAGUACACCAAACGCUUCCUUCAAGGUCGCUCUCAUUCAAAGCAGGGCAAAGCCCCUUGAUGCCGAUUACAACUUUUCUUGUGCUGCUGAGCAGAUUCGCGCUGCUGCUAGCGGAGGCGCAUCGCUAGCCGUUUUACCAGAGUAUCAUUUGACAGGCUGGGUUCCUGAAGAGCCAUCUUUUGCCUUGACUGCCGAGAAAGCUCUCGAGUUUCGCCAGAAGUAUCAAGACUUGGCUGCGGAGCUUCACAUCAAUAUAUGCACCGGCACUGUUGUCUCCGAGGCACCAAAUCAAACCCCAUCUCACAAUCAUCUCAAGGAUGCUGGGCGCACACUCCUCAAUACAUCCGACUUUAUCGAUCACAAUGGCAGCUUCUUGGGGUCUUACACGAAAACAAAUCUAUGGAUCCCCGAGCGGCGGACAUUGACAUCAUUUAUCGAACAUGCACGUGGGGCAGCGAAAGAAGGGCAACCGACCCCAAACCCUCAUAGGGUUAUAGAUACCCCCCUCGGGCCUGUUGGCAUUCUAGUAUGCUGGGAUCUUGCUUUCCCAGAAGCAUUCCGACAGCUUGUUCUAGCCGGCGCUAAAAUCAUCAUCAUCCCUUCAUACUGGACAUCGUCAGAUAUGUGCAGCGAGGGACUUGCAUACAACCAAGAAUGUGAGAAAAUGUUUGUUCAAAAUACACUCGUUACUCGGGCAUUUGAGAACACGGCUGCAGUGAUCUACUGUAAUGCCGGUGGUCCCGCACAAGAGGGGUUCUUCGGCUGCAGUCAAGUCGUGUUACCUAUCUUGGGAACUGUGCCUGGAAGCUUCAAUGAUGGUGAGGAGGGAAUGCGCACCUUAGAAGUUGAUAUGCAGUUGGUGGAUAUUGCCGAAAAGAACUAUCAGAUUCGGAAGGACUUGGCGGGGGAGAAUUGGCAUUAUGGAUAUUCAAAGGCCAAUUUGUAG